AUGAGCGCGGACAGGUUGAAACCCAACGACCCAAGGGUCAGGUACGAGACGACCACCCUCCGCGGCAAGACGUAUAGCUACAUCCUCGGCGAGGGCGACGACGUGUCCAAGGGCACGAUCCUCCUCAUCCACGGCUUCCCGGACAUCGCGUUCGGCUGGCGCUGCCAGAUCCCGCACCUCAUGUCCCUCGGGUACAGGGUGGUUGCGCCCGAGAUGCUAGGGUACGGCGGCACGGACGCGCCGGCAGACGAGUCGCAGUGGGCGCACCGGUCCGUGUCGGCCGACAUGGCGGAGCUGGCCCGCAAGUUCGUCGGAUCGACGGGCCAGAUCGUCCUGGGCGGCCACGACUGGGGAGGUGCCCUGGUGUGGCGCAUGACUCUGUGGCACCCGGAGCUGAUCCGCGGCGUCUUCAGCGUGUGCACGCCCUUCCCGUUGCCACGCCAGGAGUUCGUCUCGCUCGAGAUGGCCCUCGACGCCGGGAAGCUCCCCAACUUCAGGUACCAGCUCCAGUUCAAGAGCGGCAAGCUGGAGGAGGAGCUCCGGACCCCCGAGCGCAUCGGCCAGUUUCUCAACGCCCUGUACGGCGGCCGCACCGACGACGGCCAGAUGGGCUUCAGCACAGACGAGGGCGCCAUCCUCGACAUGCUGCCCAAGCUCAACCAGUCACCCCUCGUGUCGAGGGAAGAGCUCGACUUCAUCGUCGGGAGGUACGUGCUGCAGAAGGAGCCGCAGCUGCGUGGCCCCUGCAACUGGUACCGCACGGCCAAGUACAACUACGACGAUGAGCUGGAACUCUUUGCCAGGCGUGAGGCUGCCGGCGCGUCCGAUAAGCCCUGGAUCGAGGUUCCCGCCCUGUUUGUCGCCGCGUCCAGGGACUCGGCCCUGCCGCCCUCCAUGUCCGCUGGCAUGGAUGCCGCCUUUGCCGAUCUGACCCGUGCCGAGGUCGAGGCUUCGCAUUGGGCCCUUACUCAGGCUGCUGACGCUGUCAAUGCCGAGAUUACAAAGUUCAUCGCCAGGCUCGAGGAAUCAAAGGCUUCGCUGUAA